AUGAUCAUCACAGGAAAUGAUGAAGAGGCCAUCUGUAAACUGAAGCACUUUCUUGGCAGUCAAUUUCGAAUCAAAGAUCUCGGACCCUUGAGAUACUUUCUUGGUGUUGAGGUGGCACGAUCAAAAUUUGGAAUUUCUAUUUGCCAACGGAAGUACACCCUUGACAUUUUGGCAGAAGCUGGAUUACUUGGAGCCAAACCAGCCAAAGUUCCUAUGGACCAUGAUCUGUUGUUGUUAUCUACAGGGGAGUUACUCAAAGAUCCUACUCAAUAUCGUUGGUUAGUUUGA